AUGUCUACAACCUCGGGCGCUCCUCGCAGUUCCAACAAGGCCAAGGGCCAAGCAGCAGCGUUGGGCGGUGCUCCCCGAGCUGUUAAACCGAAAUCACAGAGCCUUGUUAUUUGUGGAGUUACAAGCCGCAAGCAAGGCUGGUUUUUCAGCGACUUCGUCGUGUUCACGACCUUGUUGAAGGAAAACGGGGUGUAUGGUGACUUCUACACCUGUUUCCUAAAUAGGCAUCGGGUGUUGAUGCGUGAGAGCAAGCUCGCGGUGUCCAGUUCGUGUCAUGAACGCGGUAAAUGCCACAAAGCAUGCUUUAUUUGCACCGACCACUUCGUCCACAUCAAAAAUGACUUCUCGCCAGGCAUGAACACAGUGAAGUUUGGCAAGAUUGGUAAUGGGGCUGGGGCAAUUUACGAAUACUCUCGUGUCCAAGAUUGCCGCACCAACAAAUUUUACCCUGAAGUCGAGCCUGCAAAGCUCACAUCCGUUAUGCGAGAUUGGAUUUCAGACACAAUCUCCAAAGUGGAACCCCAAGAAAUCGUCAACAUCAUCAUUCUGUUACUUAUAAACCUGUUCUCUUCAGCAUGCAACUCUGGAUAUUUGGUCGAAUGCGUGAAGAAUCCCGGCAAGGCCAAUCGAUAUGUAUCAGUCGCAACAGACAAGGAUGAACUGAGGAUCACCAAAAAGCUUCGCGAAGUCUCAGGCACCGCAAGCCAGAUGACACCCGCUUUUAAUACAGAUCAUGAUGAGCAAACUCCGAUCGCGGAAAUUAUUUUCUUGGAUGAUGCGACCGAUGCCAUCGUCCCCGUCCAGCAGAUUGAGUGGCCCAAAGUGAAUGCCACUAUUCAACAGGCGAUCGCAAACGCCCUCAUCACAACUCCCAACACCAAUGUAUCUCACCCACCUCAUGCUCUUGCGGUCGCUCAAAGUGAGAUCUCCCUCUGUGAUACAUCCCGGGGUUUCCCCCAGGACAUGGACGUUUACGAGACUCUGCAAACCAAUGCGCCCAACUGGAAGGGCCUUCUGGCUAAUCUCUACUGGAGGUCGUUCCGACAAGCCGCCAUCUGGCAUCUUUAUCUCUAUCUCCUCUCACAGGGUCUGGUGAAUCGCAAGUGUCUCACAGUACCCCUCGAUCUCUUCAAAUCCACCCCAAGUACCUCAGUAGUUACACUCCUGAUCAGAUGCUUCGAGUCAGUCAAGAACGACAUCGAUAAAGCAUACCAAGAAGAACUUCCACUGCAAGGGGCAGAAUGGUCUGCGGACAUUGAAUGGUAA